AUGACAUAUAAUGCGAAAGCAACGAUGGAAAAUUGCUGCAAUAAUGAGCAGAUGAAGGAUAAAGGUGCUGAGGAACAAUUGAGAAAUAAUACUGUCAGGAGUUUUGUUGAUAAUGAUGGCUACGUUAUUACUAAUGACAAUAAUGAUGGCAUUGAUAAUGACGAUGGUGAUAACGAAGGUUCGGUUAAGAAGCCUGAAGUGAACACAUGUAAAACACUAUGUGAUGCACAGUGGAAAAGUGAUUUUUACGUUAGUUAG